AUGGCCGAACAGAGAUUAUUUGAUACAUUACAAUUGAAUAGGAAUACAGAAGAUUUAAAAGUUGCCAUUACAAGAAAAAAGGACUUUUAUAUUGGAGUUACCGAUGUUUUACCUAGUUUAUCUUCUGAUAAGCUUCGAAAUUUAGAGAUUGAUGAGGAAAAAAUUCAAUCCUGGAAGUUAGACGAGGACGAGAAAGGAGAAAUACCACAGCAAAAGAGAACUAGUAAAUCUUUAUUAGCUCCAGUUAUGCCUAAAGGAGCUACUUGGACUGAUACACUGAAUCGUUCUUGGCAUCUUGGUAAACUGUUAGGAACUGGUGGUCAUGGGCGAAUUUAUCACGUUGCCUUGUGGAAGAAAAAGAAUGGAAUUCACUUUAUUGGGGUGCCAAAAUGUAUAACCUGUGCUAUCAUUGAAUAUAAGAAAGAAAAGUACCAGUAUUUAAUUCUUGAAAAGCUGGGUCAAACCAUCGAUACGCUCUGGAAAUCGAACGGUAAACAAUUGAAUUCCGAGAUUGUUUUCGGUAUUGGAAUAAAUUUGUUACAUACAUUAGAGUACAUUCAUUCUCUCGGAUUUGCUCAUGCUGAUAUCAAGGGAUCAAAUAUUCUGGUGGCUCCUCAUCAGCAAGAUUUGAGAUUGGUAUAUCUAAUCGACUAUGGCAAUUGCCGUAAUUUCCUUAUAAAUGGCACUCAUAAGGAAUAUCUUCCGCGUAAAUGGCUAAGCCAUCAAGGUACUGCAUUAUAUACUAGCCGCGAUGGUCAUAAGGGGGUGGCUCCAUCGCGCCGAGGUGAUAUUGAAAUCCUUGGUUAUGUCAUGUUGCGAUUAAUUUGCGGAAAAUUGCCGUGGGAAUUGGCGAAUGUUAAUAAAGACUUUAUCGCCCAAGCAAAGAUGAGCUAUUGUAGUGACAUUGAUCAACUUAUGAAGGAUUGCUUCGCCCUAUCUAAUCAUGGUAGUCUUGAUGUCUUAAAGACCUAUUUGACUUAUGCAGUCAGUAUGGCCUAUCAUGAAGCACCGAAUUACCGGUAUCUUAGAGAAAUAUUAGAAAGUGGAAUUCAAGGCGGAUAG